AUGGUUACAUCCGCGAAACCUACCACCUAUCUAGAGGCUACUAUAUUGACAAAAUCAUUAGCCGAUGACGCUGCUCGCAAAGGUAGUCUUGAUAAAAAGGAGGAAACCGGGAAGUUAUCGGGCAAGGCUAAAGCAGACACGAAAUCUGAACGGUCGGGGUGUUCUGAGACCAAGAUAGAAGUUACGAAGAAGCGCAAGUCCGAGAGCUCGAGGAAGGAAACUGAAGAGAAGCGCGACAGGAAACGUAGUUCGAAGAAGGCAUAUGCAGCAAGUACUAGUGGUACUAGAAGGGAUGGCACCAGAGAUAGUCGAGGUGGGUCUGAGAGAAAGACUCGCGAAGAAGGACAGAAGAAAUGUAACCGAUGCGGACGAGAUGGGCAUGCUACCCACGAAUGCUUUGCCAAAUAUACUACGGAGGGAACGAAGCUUGAAGGAUGCUUCCAUUGCGGGGAACAAGGACAUUUCAAGAAGGAUUGUCCUAAGGCGGGAGGUCAGAAUGCCAGAGGUAGAGCGUUCGAGCUAAACGCUGGGAAGGCACGUGACGAUCCUGCUGUUGUCACUGGUAUGUUUUUGAUCAAUAACCAUUCUGCGUUUGUACUUUUUGAUACUGGGGUGACUUGA